GGAAAAGGUAAGAAUAAAUACGCUCUAUUUUUGCGGUACUGAUUUCAUUGUAUAUUGGUAAGUGACCGCGCUUCCCCCCCGUCUAGCCGUAACGUCCCGCAAUUGUGUCCAAUCCCAUGCCUUCACUGCACUGACAUAUUGGAAGGCUUCAAUCACGCUCUUUGCCGCGCUAGGUUUAUGUCCUGGCUUCCUCAGAUGUAAAAAAUAUCACGUUACGUUACUGUAAUGAACAGAAGGAACAACAGCCAUUGAAGUUAGUUUUAGGUUGGAUAUUCAACAUACAGUCGGCGAAUUAACCGUCCUCUGGCGGACUCCUGCUGCUUCUGCCGCUGAAACUACUGAAGUUGUCGCUAAAGAUUAAAGAAUCUGUUUCGAAUAUCCAACCUAAAACUAUUUUCACCGCGGUCCAUGCAUGACUGUUGUUCCUUCGCUUCGCACGUAACCGCCAGGAACAACAGCCGUUGAAGUUAGUUUUAGGUUGGAUAUUGUAUAUGGAUAUGUUUUUUUCUUAAGAUUUAAUUUAAGUUUAGUAAAUGUAAACAUUUGGUUGAACUAAACAAAUAUUUUAUUUUGUAUGUUUACAAUGUUCAUCAUGUUCAAGACCUGAAAUUGACUAAAUUGACCUUUUCUUUGUUGGGGUAACAUAGUUCAUAAUUAUGAGGGGAUACUGGUACUUUGGGAGAGGUCACUCUAAUAGAUGGAUGGUAGAAGUAACUCUCAAAAAUAUAAAAACAAAUCUUGAUUUUUCCAGAUACUCGAUGAAGAUCCUUUUAAGGAUGAUGGCAGCGAUGACAACAAUUUGUGUUCCAAUCGCCAACUGCGGUCCUCAUCUCUAACGCAAGCUAGACCCUCUUAUGCAUCUUCAGACAGUUUGACCAGUCUAACAACUGCCUCCCCAUCGAAAAAUACUGCCUCAUCACUUGGACGUGGAGUGUUCUCCAUUCAUACUCCAGCCUCAUCCUACCACCAAGUUCUUCACAACAGGAAGUCACUUUCAAACUGAGAAAUACAUGCAAACGACUUUUGGUCCUAACCUCGAUUUUAGGGGCCCGCCUACAUGAUGCUAUUCAAACUCCUCUUGUUUUCUUCUCUGGUGCAGUUUCUCAUUUUGGGAGUAAGUAGCAAUGAAAAUGACAUUAGACAUUUUUUUAACAAUAUAUUGGAAUGUGUUGAAAAUAUCCAAAGAGGAGCUACAGAUUUCUUUGUUCAUGAGAGGCUGUAUGGAGAACUUCGUGAUCAUGUACAAACCCUAUCUGGACUAAUGUCCAACUCAAGAUUUGUUGAAAAUUCAAGAAAUAGAGAAACAAUCAAUACAUUAGAGUCUUUACAUGGAUGUCUUCAUUUUUUGUUAAGUGCUCAUGAAAGCAGGCAAAGAACCAGGUCUGAGAACAGAUAUGCCCUUUUGCCUCCACCUGUGAUGACUGGGCUUCAAGGAAGGCCUCAAUACAGCAUUUCACAAGAUCAAAUCUCUCAUCUAGCAUCCCUUGGAAUGAACUGGCAAAGCAUCGCAACAUGCUUAGGAGUAAGCUGUCGGACUCUCUACAGGCAUAGACAGCUGCUUGGUGUUCAGCCACUGACGUAUGCAACCCUGUCAAAUGACAAUCUGAACAGAGUGAUCGUUGAAAUUCUUCAGUCAACCACAAAUGCAGGUGAACGAUAUGUUCAGGGGAGCUUGAGGUCACGUGGGUUACGCAUUCAAAGGUGGCGUGUUAGACGGAGUCUGCAAGAAAUAGAUCCCAUUGGGCGAUCCCUCAGAAGACGCCAUGCAAUACGCCGACGAAUAUACAGUGUUCCAACUCCCAAUGAAUUAUGGCACAUCGAUGGAAACCACAAACUUGUGAGAUGGAGGAUGGUGUUCCAUGGCUGUGUAGAUGGUUUUAGUAGAGCAAUCAUUUACCUUGCAUGUCUAGACAACAACAGAGCCUCUAGUGUUUUGUCACUUUUCAUUACUGGUGUUCAGAACUUUGGAUUACCAUCCAGGGUGAGAUGUGACCAUGGAAUGGAAAACACUGCUGUUGCCCGUUUCAUGCUUUACAGAAGAGGGUUAAACAGACGCAGUGUUAUCACUGGCAGAUCAGUCCAUAAUCAAAGAAUAGAGAGAUUAUGGGCAGAGCUAAAUCGAGUAGUGUCAUAUCAUUUUGUUAAUAUUUUCAACUUUAUGGAACAGAAUAACGUAUUAGAUUCACUUAAUGAAAUCCAUUUAUUUUGUCUUCAUUAUAUUUAUUUACCACGAAUUCAAAGGGCUGCAACUGAAUUUCAGAACCAGUGGAACAACCAUGGUCUCUCAACACAAGGGGGUCAAACUCCACUUCAGCUGUGGCAAAGGGGCAUAGUCAAUAAUGUUGGAAUGCAUAACCCUUGUAUGAAUGGUGUUUAUGACAUACACAGCGACUUUGCUAUUGAUGAAAGACCACUUUUACAGUUACAGACAAACAAUGCUGUUGUUGUUCCAUCAAUGAACAUUACCAUCAGUGACACAACAAUGGAGACACUUCAGCAGACCUUUGAUCCAUUUGAAGAUGAUGGAAAUCAUGGUAUAGAUUUAUUUUGCAACCUUGUGCAUUUUCUUGAGCGGCAUUCCUAACAUUGUAACCAUGUGGUCUUAAAAAAUAAACAAAACCCAUCCAGGAGCUAUACUGCUUAACUUGACUAAGAUUAUCAUAAAUAGUAAUAGCACACUGGAUAUUUACUUGCGAUUGUUGUGUAGUAUAAAGCACUGCCUAUGUGACAGAACACUUUACUUAUAGUUAUAAGGUCAUGGUAUCAUUUUAGUUUAUGUUCAAAAAAGGUGAAACCAGAAAUGCUGUGAAAACUAGUGUAUUUUCAUGCUUUUGGAUCUAGAGCUCUCAAUAAAUUGAAUUAAAAUCAGACUUGUUUUAAUAUGUCCUUUGUUGAACAGGAUAAAAAAAAUCUGACAGUACAUUGGGAAUACGCAGAAAUGGACCGAAAGCAGCACACGACAGAGCAGAAGACGACAUUUUCUUUGCAUUGCAAAUACAG